AUGCCAACAUGGAAGAAGUAUGCCCGAAUCGUGCUGCCACACGUUGGACUUAUUCUACUCUCCCUCUUCUAUGUAGUCGGUGGAGCCGUCGCUUUUUAUCAUAUGGAACGACCUAAUGAGGUAGAGUCAGCAAUACGACGCUUCAAUCAACACAAAGAACGAAUGUUGGAUGAGCUGUGGACCCUAGUUGAGUCAGGUGCACCGCCAGAACGAGCCAGCUUGUACGUGGAGAAUUCGACUCGCAUUCUCUUCGAGGCGUUUGACACACAUUUCAUAAGCGCAGCACUUUUGAAGCCCGGUGGAGAGAACGAAGCGUACUCUUGGACGUUUAUUACCGCUCUAUUUUUCACUGCUACACUUCUCACUACCAUAGGAUAUGGUAAUCUCGUGCCUGUCACAUGGCAUGGACGAAUGUUUUGCAUAGCAUAUGCACUUCUUGGUGUGCCACUCAUUUUGAUAACUGUAGCUGAUAUUGGCAAGUUUCUCUCGGAGAACAUCAUUUGGCUAUAUUCGAGGUAUUCUAAGGCUCGAAAACAAUGUCAUCGUUCAAAUUAUGCUGCAUUACCUACAAAGGAUAAGCAUAAUCGAGAAGGAGAACAAUUGAUGGAGGGUCUCGAGCAGUACAUAUCUAUCCCAGUGGCACUGAUUGUUGUAAUAUUACUUGGCUACAUGGCUGUUGGUGCUGUGCUGCUGGGUUCAUGGGAAAAUUGGCAGUUCUUCUCGGGAUUUUAUUUCUCCUUCAUCACAAUGACAACUGUCGGUUUCGGUGACAUCGUGCCAAUCAACCGAGAGUUCUAUUUACUCGAUCUCUGCUACAUAAUCAUUGGACUGGCAAUAACUACCAUGUGCAUCGACUUGGUCGGUAUUCAGUACAUUCGUAAAAUUCACUACUUCGGAAGAGCAAUCAAGGAUGCUCGAUUUGCCUUGGUGAAUGUCGGAGGUAAAAUGGUUCACGUACCGGAUUUGAUGCGAUAUGCCAGCGUUUUACAGCAGAAAUAUGGUCACAAGAAACCUCAUGACACCGUCAUUGUUAAAGGAGCUUAUGCGCCCAAGGAUAUAAACAAAAUCAGAUUCAUCGAUUACGGAGCGCUAGCUUCUGUGGAGAGCUUUCAGACAAUUUUCUCCAAUAUACUCAGUUCAAAAUCCAAGGAACCUGCCGUGGUCUAA